GUGUUAUCAAAGAUAUUCCGAAUACAACUUCUGUCCAAAAAUGUUGUGCGCCGUUAGUAUGAGCGCAACCACCACGCGAAACAGGCUAAUUACGAAAUGAAAGACAUACUCAUCACGUGGAUUGUAACAACAAUCAUUCUGCACACAGCGACAUCGGAUGGACCCGAUUCACGUCUCGUAGGAGGAAACCAGGCACCGGUGGGGACUUUUCCGGCUCACGUUGGUAUCGGCAUCGGCAAUGACACGUUUUGUGGAGGAACCAUACUGAAUCCGAAUCAUGUUCUCACCGCGGGCAGCUGCGUUCUUGAUGGGCAGCACAAUCUGAUUGCCGCUAACCAGCUAACCGUCCGCGGUGGUAUGGUUAACAUCGGUGUUACCACGCCUCACGUGGCCGUUAGUCGGGUUUUCGUGCAUCCCUUCUUCAACCCGUUUUCCUUCGAAAAUGACAUCGCCGUGCUCCGAAUGGCGGACAAUUUCACCUUCCCGGAAAGUGUCGUCCCAAACUUAGCUGCUGCCCAGCUCAAGAGUGGAAUUGUAGCCGAAGGUAGCAGAUGUCAAGUGGUUGGAUGGAACUGGCAACCGGGAUCUGCAAAUAUGCCUCUGCAACGGUUGGAUGUUUCCAUUCAUCCCCGAUCGGAAUGCAAUACCAUGUUCAACGGAAUGAUUCGUGAUUCAAUGAUUUGCGUGGCAACUGAUAAUGCGAAUCAAGGACUCUGUGUGUCAAAUCGCGGAGGAGGAUUGUACUGCGACAGUAAAUUAGCGGGAAUUGCCUCGUUUGGAUUCGGAUGUGCCAGCAAUGCCACCGCCACGGUUUUCACCCAACCGCGCUUUCACGAUGCGUGGAUUCGGCAGCAAUUCGUACGGACCGAUAACCCGCAGCCAGGAACAACGCCGAUGCCGGGAAUACCAGGUGGUGGUAACGGAUCUUUAGGACUCCAUCUGUCAGCAGUUGCCGCAUUGUUUAUGGUCUUAAUUUUUAUGUUGAUUAAUUAGAAUGGAUGGUCGAAUAAAUACUCGU